AGCCUAAUUGGCCGCUGAUGAGUGUGAGUGGGAACAGUAUUGAGACUCGGCCUCCCCCAGAUGUGGGACUGGGCGUCUGUGCGGUGAGUGAACCGCAGUGAAAUCUGAGCCCGCUCCGGCCUUGCUCACUGUAUUUUGGGAUGUUUUACAUGGGGCAGGACAAAGACACGUUACCAGGCGGGAGCCCAGAGUGAGCAGAUGUUUCUGCUCUGGGAAGAGAAGAAGAAGAAGAAAGAGAAGAAGCAACAUUGUUUCUGCAGAAGAAGGAAGCUCGAAGACGAUAUGGCUGAAGAUGUCUGUGGAUUCUGAUAACUCCUGUGUUUUGCUGUCAUCGCGAGAUGCCAGGACUUCCUGUGUCUUCCAAACUGCUGAUGAGAAAGAUGACCUCCCAGGAGUGGGAGAGGAGAGUGUCCUGGAGAUGCUGAGCUACUCCAAGUUCUCCGACCUGGAGACAUGGCUGUGUAUGCCAUCCUCGCUGCUGCUGCCCAGGGCUUUGGACUCCACCCGCACCUCCUCCUCUUCUUCCUCCACCUCUUCUUCCUCACAUGUGUCCAACCGUUCCUCCAACUCCCCACCGAUUUCCUCCUCCUCCUCCCCAGCCUCCAACUCACGUCGCUCCACCUGCAGUGAGCCUGGAGAAGCGGACGCGCUGCUCAGGUCAUCGGACAAAGAAUCCACCUUUCUAACUCCUGCGCUGGGGAGGGAGAUGCCCUUUUUGGCCACGCCCCUUCUUCCCAUCCUCUCCUCCACCCCCACUGCGGCGGUGCUGAGCUCUGGGACGUCAGCCGGAGACUCGGCCUCCCAGAGUGGCGUCAGCAUCAGGAAGCGGCGGCGGCUCGCUGCCAGUCCUGGAGGACUCCACUGGAACUCAGCAGGUUCGGUGCAGCGCGAAUUCUGGUCACCUGAUCUAUCGCCCGUGUCAGGUGGGAAUUCAGCAGCAGGAGGUGGGGGUGCGAGGAGCCUCCCCCUGGUCAAAGUGGGUGGGGCGUCACCGGUGUGCAACAGCGACCGGAUGGCCUUGAGGAAAACGGUUUCAGUUGAUGACCGACUGCUGCAGCCGGCGGGCGGAGAGCAGCAGCACCUGAGGCUGCUGAGUCGACUGGAGAGAGGCAAGAAGAAGCUGCGAAACAUCCACAGCCUGGGAACCACAGGGAGAUACGACACCAGGAAAAAGUCCGACAGUAAGAUCUCUCGGUUGGCUCAGAGGUGGAACCAGAGACCGGCUGGAGAUGCUCUGAUCAAAGACUUGAGGCCCCUGUUUUACACGGGAACCCCCCGAUCCUCACUCAGUCUGGACAGCAGGCGCCUCCCGGGUGUCAUGACCCAGCAGAUGCAGAACCUUCAGUUGUCCCAGACCAGGAAGUGCCCCGGUGGGCCAGCCUCCCCCAGCGCCGCCAAGCGCCUGUACCGGAACCUUUCGGAGAAGCUGCGAGGAAGCACCUCCUCCUUCGAAGAUGCGUACUUCUUCGGGAAGACGGAUCGCCUCCGCAAGGCCUCGACAAUGCAGGGCAGUGACUGUAUCUUCGAGGCAGUGGAGCAGCAGGACCUGGACGCAGUGCAGAUUCUUCUGUACCAGUUCUCGGCCGAGGAGCUGGACCUGAACACGCCCAACAGCCAGGGCCUGACGCCGCUCGACAUCGCCAUCAUGACCAACAACACGCCCAUCGCCAAGCUGCUGCUGAAGGCCGGCGGCAAGGAGAGUCCGCACUUCGUGAGCGUGGAGUGUCGGGAGGCCCACCUGAGCUCCCUGGUGGUGGAGGCGGAGCGGCGGGCGGCGGACCUGGCGGCUCAGGCUCAGAGAGACGGCCUCUCUUUGGAGGCCUGCCACAAGGACAAACAGCUGAGAGCCUGGGAGUGGAGGAGCAAGCUGUACAAACGCAUGAAGACAGGCUUCCAGCACGCACGUGCCCCAGAGGCCCCAUCUAUGGUUCGUCUGAGCGUGAGCAGUAGCACCACGCUGACCAUCACCUUUCAAGAGCCACAGUGUCUCAACUCAACUGUGGUCACCAAAUACAAAGCGGAGUGGAGCUGCCUGAAGGAUUUCUCUCUGCUCGCUGGAGAGAUGGUGUUGGAUAAUCUGCAGACCCUCAAAUGCACCAUCAGUGGCCUCACCACGGGUCGGCUCUACUUCGUUCGAGUGUCGGCCUAUAACAUGAAGGGCUGGGGUCCACCCGCCUCCUCCCUCCCUCCAUCUGCUGCUCCUUCCAAUUGGAGGGAGAGUGAUGGUCGGGAGCCCAGGAGGCGGGGCCACAUCGAGGCCAUGGAGCGUCUGCUGCAGCAGGUCCGAGCCACCCACACACACUACUGCUGCGGAGACACAUCGAAGCUGCAGAACCCGAGCCGGAAGCAGUCUGUGUCCAGGAGUCUCAAACACCUCUUCAACUCCUCCAACAAGUUUGUGAAAACACUGAAAAGGGGGAUUUACCUGGCGGCCGUCUUCUACCAUAAGGACAGUUUACUGGUGACGGCGGAGGACCAGAUCCCCAUCGUGGAGGUGGACGACUCCUACAGCAGCUCCCUCAUGCAGGACUUCCUGUGGUUCACCAAGCUGUCCUGUAUGUGGGAGGACGUCCGGUGGCUGAGACAGAGCAUGUCGGUGUCCAUGUCCUCGUCCUCCACGCUGCAGGCCAGGCACAAGAUGCUGACCGCCGCUGGCCAGCUGCAGAACCUCCUGGGAACUCACAACCUGGGCCGGAUCCACUACGAGCCCAUCAAGGAUCGCCAUGGCAACGUGCUGCUGGUGACAAUCCGCGACACGGAGAGCCAGCACUCACUGUUCAGUGGGAAGUGGAUGCAGGUGACCAAACUGCAGAGCCAGAGGAAAUCCCUGUCCACACCUGAGGAGCCGUACGCUCUGGACAUCCUCAUCAUCACCAUACAGGACAUUUUGGCAUACCAGCGGCGCAGCACCCACCGACUCGCCCCGGGUCUCUACCUGGGCUACCUGAAGCUCAGCAGCUCCGUAGACCAGAUCAAAGUCCUGGUGUCCCAGCGGACCCCAAACAUGCUGUGUCACACCCGCAUACGAGACAACUGCAACGUCUCCAGGGAGGAGUGGGACUGGAUCCAGACGCUUUCAGGUGCAGGACAGAAUGACCACAACAGGGAAGGGAGUGAGGGGGCGGAGCCCAGAGCAGAAAGCCAUGCCCCCUUACUGUACUAUGAGCUGCAGACAGCGAUCAAGUCCCUGCUGAAGCACAUCAACCUACCUCUGCACCAGGCCCGUCACUUCCGUCUCUACAGUCAGGAGGUGGUGGAGCUCGGUCACGGUGUCUCCUUCCUGCUGCUGCUGCCAGCUGCCGAUGACGUUUGCUCCGCCCCCGGACAGUCCAACCCCUACAUCCCCCUCUCAGGAUUCCUUCACCUCCCCCUGCAGAUGUUUGAACUUGUUCACUUCUGCACCUACAAGGAGAAGUUCAUCAGCCUGUACUGCCGUCUGUCCUCCGUCUUGGACCUGGACGCUCUCAUUACCCAGCAGACACUGCGGGAGGCCAUCACUGACAGUGAGGUGGCCACAGCCAAACAGAGGCAUCAGCUCAUACUGGACUACAUCCAGCAACUGGAUGAAAUGCGUCGGGACCUCCGCUGGAUCACCGACGCGCUGCAGUACGCUCGCUACAAGCACCCUCGGGGCGGCGUACCCAUCACCUGCCUGGUUGACGUCAGCGCUCCGGAGAGCGACUCCAGCCAGCAAAAGACAGACUCCACCUCCUCCACCAUGGACUACCUGCCCACGCCCUCCCCCUCACCUGAGCUCCGCAGGAGGAAGGCCAUCAGUGACUCUCUACUUGGCUCGGAUGAAGACGGCUCCUCCGAGGUCUUUCUGCCCACUGACAGCGACUAUGACUCCAGUGACGCCCUGAGCCCCCGCGAGCUGGACCUGCUCUACUCCCCACCCCAAGAUCUAUCCCAGCAGGCCGUGCACUCGCUGGGCGGCAGCGCCCCUGAUGUGCUCCAGAUCCAAGAGCUCAGGUACAGCGUUGUCCCGCCCACAGACCUCCCCCUCCCCUCGAUGCUGAAGGAUCCCAAAUCUAAAGAGGCUCCUCUCUCCUCAUCCCUCCUCCCCCACUCUCCCUCUCUGUCCAAGGACUUCAGUCUCUCUAGCUCUGGUUUGGCUCGCUCCCCCUCCCUCUCCAGGACCCUCCCCACCUCUCCGUCCCUCCCCCUGUCCCCCAGAUUCUCCAAAGACCUGCCUCUGUCCCUCCCCCUCUCCCCGGUUCUGUCCGACACCACCAAGACUCUGGAGGGCCUCUCCCUGUCCAAGAGCCACCAGGAGGACGUUGCUCCUCUGAGGGCCCUCGCCAACCCCCCCGCCAAACGCAAACUGCUCUCCAGGAGUCACAGGGGCCAGUACUUCAGCGGGCCCCAGCGCUGGCUGAGGGGCCAGAGCGGGGAGAGUCACACCAGAUCUCUAUCUGAGGGUGUGUACACCAAGCAGCUGGACCCGGACCUGCCCCCACCUGGGGACCUUCCCUCCCCACAGAGCACCACCUACGUCAGCCACGCCUCCUGCGUCCUGGAGAGCCGGAAGGGCCGCCACCGGGAGCCGAGGCCCCACGUCCGCAGGAUCUUCGUGGAGCCCUGCAAGGAGCUUUCACCGGGCGACGAGAGGAGGGGCUGGGAGGAGGAGGGGGAGGGAGGCAGAGAGAUGACGGAAAAGCUGAAGGCUGCAGGCGUGUCGGUGGUCGUGGCACAGGCGGAGUCUGGAGGGGAGGGGGAGGAGCCUGAAGGAGCCGCCGCCCAGGACGUAGACUCAGACGAACAAACCAACGCGCAGGUGUCAGAGAUCCUGAGCAGCACGCUGUGAGAGGACGGUCCGUCCAGAAGGCUGAGGGUUUAAAGCUACACUGGGUAAAAUUCAACAACAGCUUUAUUUAAAAAGAAAAGUCAGGUCAGUGGUUCUCUCGCCCUGUGAGAGACCCCCCCACUGCAUCACAGACCACACCCCCCCACCCCCACUGCACAGAUCAGGAAGUUAAGUAUAUGUAGACUUUCCAGACCGACCCAGUCCUCCUCCUCCAGGUCUUGUUAAACCAGAACUCUCGUUUGUGUGUCGAGAUUUGUCCUCUAGCUGCAGCUGCUGGUCACAGUGCUGCCCCCCUGUGGACAAAAAGGGAAAACAGUGCUGUGACCAUCACUGCUUUUUGUUCUGAGACAAACAAGACACAGAACUUGAACAAAUCUACGUUUGAUUCACCUCCAUCAGCUUUUCAGUGGGAAACAGUUGGAGCGCUCGUAUCGUUUUUACAACCCAGUUUAGAUGAAACACACCCCUGGAGGGGGGCGGGGUCAAGGCUUUGGUCAUAUAGAAGUGGGUGUGGUUUCAUUUAAACUGGGAUGGAAAAAGAAUGGAUCAGACCUUCCCUCUGGAAAGCUUUAAUGGGAUCUGAGACAGGAGCCGGGUCCUGACCCUUUUUGACCAGAUACUUCCUGGUACCACCAACCAACAAGAAGUGACCUCAGGAACUCAAAGUCAUUUUUGCACAUUGUCUGUUUCUCCACUGCGUCAGAGCAAACAGAUGAAUCAGACAGAAUAAAAAACGAUGGCGGCAUUUGAAACACACAUUUUUAUGCACAUGACCAGAGUCAUGAGACCUGCAGAACCCGCCUGAAAGUUCCUGAUCCUUCAGAACCUGCAACCCCCAGACCACCUGGAACAAUCCUAAACCUAGUUCCUCUGGUCAAAACAAAGGUUCCUCUGAGGUUCUUGUUCUCCCGCAGCGGAAACACGAUCUCCAUGAUGCAAAGAUUAGAGGAAAGACGGACGUAGGUUUUUAUUUAUGUUCUGAACUCAGAUUGAUCUUUCACCUGAUGUGACCAAAUAGGAAGUGAGAUUAUUUAAAAUCCAAGCACUGCCCAGUGUCACUUUAAAAUAACCUCAGACUCAAAAGGUCAAAGGUGAAGAGCAAGCUUCAAACCAGGACAUCAGCUGUUAAUGUCACCACUGUCCUCCCUCUCUCUCUCUCUCUCUCUGUCUCUGUCUCUCUCUCUCUGUGUCUUUGCCUCUUGACUACAGUGAUGACUGGCUGGACACGUUUUGUGUGACGACGAUGACGAGCGACCCUCAGACCUUGGACCUCUCCGUAGAUUGUAAACUAAACUAAAGUUGCUGGUUCAACUCCGCCAAGCCUCAUGGCAUCGACUGUUACAAAGAAAAUAAUCAAUGCAAAGAGAAAGCGAGUGCUGCUUCUCCCACCAGGACCUUUGCACACGACCAAAAACACGCCGCUUUGAUUGAUCGUGACUGACUCGUUUUCCCAGUUCAGUUAAAGUCUCUCAAACUCUUGAAUUGAAUCUUUGGAUUAUGAUGAUUUUUUUUCUUGGUGGCCCCGUCUCCAGAGCAUGGAUUCUCCUCUACUUGAAGUGAAUGUACAGUUCAGUCUGUGUGUGGUCUCCUGUGAUAAUUCAAUCAAUGUUAUUUUGAGCUGCUCCCAUCAUAAUGUGGUCGAAUUAAAGUUAAAUAUAUAUAUGUAUAUAUAUAUACAUAUAUAUAUAUAUUAUUCCCUUAGGUCUGAAACACGUGAGCUGCCUCAGUCUCUAAACACAGACCACUAGAAACCUGAACACAUGAAGUAUUUUUGUAUCUUGGACUUAAAGGUGUGCUUCAGUCGGAGCUGUGUGUUGUUGGCAUGAAGUUGUUUAUAGACGUGGUUUUUUUUGGAAUAAAGCUUUGUGUCCAGUUUGUGCCUCCUCCUGGUUCAGCAUGACGA